UGAAAAAAUAUCCUAUGUUAACACAAAACCCCAUUCACAAAACGUAUUGACUUUGGGACGAUGGAUCCGGAAGUGCUAAAAUGCUAACUCGUUUCUGGGUUUUACCUACAAAAAUAUGCAUGUGGCACUCUAGACCAUUACCUCUCAGAGCAGUUACCUGGGCCAUGAUGGGCAUCUGCUCUAACUGUAGCAGCACACUUAUUUAUUGACUUCUUUUAUUAUUAUUAUUCACAAUGUUGAGUGACAACAGAGGCCAAAUCAUAAUGGUAACUCAAAUCCUGGAAAUGAUGAACAAUUUAUCAUAAUGACUAGUCUAAUGUAUGGAUGUAUGCAUGUACGUACGGUAAAUAUACAACAUAAAUGUACACAAAACUUUUACCUUUGUUUUAUUGGUAUAUUUAGCAUUAUUGUAUGUAGUUUCAGAUCAUGUUGGGAGGAUCUGAACUAGUGGCUAAGCCAGAAGGGUUUCCCAGUAUGGAAAAACCGCACCAUUGUGCACUGUAUUAUACUUUUACCAUUAUUUAAAUUGUGUUAGGCUAUAAUAUAUAUAUUUUUUACUUUAAUUGACAAUUAAUUGAUGUAGUUUGCAAAUAUAGUCUUCUGCCAUUCUCCUCUACCAGCUAAACUGCUACAUAGGUGAGUGCAUUUACAAUUAUUCAUUUAGUUUUUGUCCGAUUUAAAUUAGAAAUGAGGAAUACAAGCAAUUUGGCUUAGGAGGAGGCAAUAGCAGCAAUACAUGGUUUGAAUCAUUGUCUAGAACUUUAAAAGCAAGGAGAGGAGUAGAUGUGAAAGAAAGAUAUUUUGCUUUUAUUUUAGAAAUAGUUAGGAGGAUGCAGUUAAAGAGUUUCAGAAUGAAUGUAGACAGUGUCUAAGAACUGAAAUGAAAUUCUUGUUGACGUUCUAAUAAUCCACUUUGAACUUCUAAGAAUCAAACAUUUUGAUAACAUUCGUGAAAGUCAUUUUAAUGUUAGCUACAACUUAAACUGCUUUUGGUUUUGUGUUAAAAUAGUUUAAAACAAGCAGGUUCAUGAAUCUAUGACACCACAGUUUUGAAAUGGUUUAGUCACUAUAGUUUAUAUGCAAGAAACCAUCUGAAAAUAAGGAAUCUGGCAGGCCUCAAGUAGAGGCCUUCUUUGGUCUCAGUCAAGGCAAGCCACUUGUUUCAAACUUAUUUUAUUUCCUCUCAGAGGGUAAAAUAAUAUAGGUUUUGUUGAUUACAAGGCAUUGUAAUCGUUACUUUUUACUUUUUUUUGUGAAUUGUUUAAUAGUUCUAAAUUGGAUCUAAAUUCAUUCAUGUUUUUUAAUAUAAAUUGAAAUAUAAAUAUCUUUUUACAUCCACAUUAUGGUGAGUUUUUAUAAAUGGAAAUAAUAUUAUUUGCUAAUAAAUAUAUUACUAAGCACAAAGCCUCAGUAAUUACUGACGUUACAUAGAACGUAACAUUUUACGUCCCCACCGUGACUAUCCCCUCCCCCACCCCGCUGGAUUCACACCUGCGACACGGGCUGCGAGAUACUCCAGACACAGCGCGCUGCAGAGGAGAGAAGAUGUCUAUGGAUAAUGAAGAUGAAACUAGUUACAAGUCAUCUACGUAUGGCAGCUCUGGAUGUACAGUGGAUGAUCUGACAGAUGGUCCUGAAAAGACGACUACGAUAGAUGGUCCUGAAAAGAAGACAAAGUUUCAAAGCCAUCACCUGAGUCGCCUCCAAAAACUUAGAGCGCAUCACAAUGUUUGUGAAGAUCGAUACUUGAAGGCGCAAAUUUUUUUUUUAAAAGAUGAACGUGAAAAGACUUUAUUUUUACAUCAGCGCAUGACAACAAAGCUCAACACACGCACAACAGAAGAAUCUCCUUCAAAUUCAGAGUUGAGCGAGGAUGAAUAUAUACCAGAGACAGAGGAAGAAUCAGACUCUGAAUCAGACAAUAAAUGGAGUGAGUGUGUGUCAUCUCAGGCACUCCGAAAUUUGAGCGAGGCAAAAUGGAACUGUCCACAACUUCUUCCCUUUGCUGACGAUGUGAAAAAAAUGCACCAGUAUCUUGACAGACAGAGUAAGGAAUACCAAGCAAAACUUGAAGAAGAACCAAGUAACAAGCACUGGGCAGAACUUGCAAAAGUGACACUCUGUCAGGUGAUACUAUUCAAUCGUAGAAGGGAAGGAGAGGUAUCCAAGAUGGCCCUUAAUGCUUUUAUAUUGAGGGAUACCUCAUCGACUCAUCCAGAUGUAGAGCUUGCUCUGUCAGACCUUGAGAAAAGACUUUGUAAGCACUUCCAGAGAAUCGAGAUAAGAGGCAAACGUGGACGAAAGGUCCCCAUUCUACUUACACCUGAAAUGAUGAAAUCAUUGGAGUUACUGGUGAACCAUCGCCGCGAGUGUGAUGUGCUUGAUGAGAAUGCAUUUGUGUUCGCGAGACCACAAGCCCUCAGCCACUUCAGAGGUUCAGAAGCUAUUCGUGAAAUUGCUCGAAGCUGUGGGGCUAAACAUCCAGAGGCAUUGUCCUCUACUAAACUGAGAAAGCACAUGGCCACCAUGUCCAAGGUCCUCAACUUGAAGGAUAAUGAAAUGGAUGACCUUGCUGACUUUUUAGGACAUGACAUCAGGGUGCAUCGGCAGUUCUACAGGCUACCUGAAGGUACCUUACAGCUGGCGAAAAUCAGCAAAGUUCUAAUGGCCAUGGAACGAGGUCAGAUAGUAGACUUCAAAGGAAAAAAUCUCGAUGAGAUCCAGAUUGAUCCAAAAGAGCUGGUACUGAUGGACAGUGAUGUAUCAGACUCUGAAAAUGAGAAAGCGAUGACUGGAAAUUAUCCUUCAAGUUCAGCAGGCAAGAACGAUAAAAAAGUGCAUCCGAUUGGCAAGGACUUGAGGAAACCACACGCAGCAAAGAAAUCUUCAAAAAACGCACGGAGAAAGUGGUCCACAGAAGAGAUCCAGGCUGUGGAAGAAACCCUAAUGAACUGCAUCAGGUCUGGAAAAGUUCCUGGAAAAGCCCAGUGCAUGGAGUGCAUUGAAAGGUCCCCAUCAGCACUUCAAGGGAGAAGUUGGAAAGGGGUGAAAUUUUAUGUUAAAAAUCGCAUUGAUUCCAUGAAGCGUAAAAUGUAAAACGAUAGAGCCUUUAUCAAGAUGUUUUUCCCAUGUUUGUGGAUAGGAUAGCAUUGGUUUGUUGAAAACUUAAAAUUAAAGGUAAAGGGCCUUUAUAGGGCUGGGUUAUAAUUUUAUGUUAAAAAUCACAUUGAUUCCAUGAAGCGUAAAAUGUAAAACGCUUGAGUCUUUAUCAAGAUGUUUUUCCCAUGUUUGUGGAUAGGAUCGCAUUGGUUUGUUGAAAACUUAAAAUAAAAGGUAAAGGGCCUUUAUAGGGCUGGGUGAUAUAUCACAUGUGAUUAUUUAUGCACAUCUCAUCAGUAAAGCAGUUUCCAUUAUUAGUAGUAAAUCGCUAUCACCUGCUUUCCAAAGAUUUUCUUUCAGAUGAAGCAGCAUUUACUACACAGAGACAUAGUUUACUGACAAACUAUGCAAUAUCACAUUAAUUAUUGUAGGUGAUACGUCCGUGAUAAUGAAUGUGAUAUUGCAUAGUCUCUGUGUAGUAAAUGCUGCUUCAUCUGAAAGCUUUACUGAUGAGAUAUGCAUGAUAAUCACAUGUGAUAUGUCACCAAGCCCUAGGCCUUUAUCAAGAUGUAUUUUUCCCAUGUUUGUUGUUGGGAUGUUAAAUCCGUUAAAUAAAGAAUACUGACUAAUCAA